AUGGCAUCCUCCUCAAAAGAAAAAGAGAAAGAAGACGACGUUAUGGUUAUCAACGUGUGGAAAGAAAACAUGGAUCAUGAAAUUGAAGAAAUCACCCAGAUUGUUCGGGAGUUCAAUUUUGUUGCAUUUGAUACGGAAUUCCCAGAUUUUGAUUUAACAACGGACGACGAGUUUGAUCCUGAUUCCAUUGAGUUACUCAUAAAAAGUGGACUUGAUUUGGAGCUGUUUAAGACUCGUGGGAUUCCUUUAUGUGGUUCUAUUGGUGAAAAAUUGUUAGCAUCUGGUGUGUUUAAUAAUAAAAGAAAUUGUUUAGUUAGUUUUCAGGGAUCGUCAGAUAUGGGGUAUCUCAUAAAACUAUUUACGCAACAGGAUCUUCCUCAAACCUAUCAAGAGUUUAUGAUCCUGGUAGCACGUUAUUUUCCGUAUUCAAUUGAUGUCAAAUUGCUUUCAAAUGUAUUCAUGCAAGGCAAUACAAAAGGGUUGGAUAUUGUGUCAAAUAGUUUGAGACUCAAAAGAAAGGGGGGAAUUUCUCAUCAGGGAGGGUCUGAUUCGUAUCUUACAUACAUUGUCUUCCUCAAAUUGUUGGAGGAAAAUAGAGAUGAAAUUAAAAAUUCCCACUACAACACCUUAUACGGGUUAACAGAUACUUAA